AUGAAUUUUCAAAAAAUUAACAACAGUUUUUAUUCACUUGUUUCGUUAGUACGAAACAAUGCAUAUCCUACAUAUCCAGAAUUUACUACAUUUAUAUCAAGAUUGAAAACAUUCAAUUUAUUUCCGUUGACUUCAUCUCAAGAUAAAUACUCAUUAGCUGAAAGCGGUUUUAUAUAUUCAGGGGAAAAAGAUAUUGUUGAAUGUUUUUGCUGCGGUCUUAUAUUGCAUCGUUGGGAAAAAGAAGAUAAUCCAUGGAUUGAACAUUCAAGAUGGAAUCCGAAAUGUGUUUUUGUAUUAUUAUCAAAAGGAAAGCAGUUUGUUGAAAAUGUAGUAAAAAAAUAUGGUAAGAUUAUCGAUAUUUGUGAUUGUGAUUUUGGAUCAAGGUCAUAUGAUACUGUUUAG